GUGUUUCCCUGCCCCAGGUCAGCCUGCUCAGCCAUGAACACCUCCGCUCCCAGCAGCCAGCUGAGGCAGCCGGAGCCCCAGGACGUGGCCGCCUUCACCCCCGUCACCAUCGUCAGGAGCGUGACGAAGAAGUCCGAUGCCCUGCCCAUGAUCUCGGUGAUCGUCCUCAUCUUCGUGCUCUUGGCCGUCUUCAUCAUCCUCGUGGUGCACUACGGCCCGCACCUCCGCACCGUGCAGAUCACCCUGUACCACGAGCCCAUGCCGCAGGACAUGGACACCGGCGUGCACCUCACGGACUGGAGGAAGCUGGGCUCCCAGAAGAAGCUGCCUGCCCAGCCCUGCCCGUGGGACCUGGCCGCUGUGAGCUGCCAGUGCUCCUGCAAGCAUCACCUCGCCUGCGGGAGCGCCGAGCCCAAUGUCAUCGAGAUCACGUACCUGUGAUGGCCACCCGGGCAGGACCACGGGGACCGUGUCCUGCGGGAUGAGCAGUGCCUGGGA